AUGCGUGGUUUGUUUAUCGUGAUUGAAGGCUGUGACCGAUCCGGUAAAUCCACGCAAUGCGAACGACUUUUACAACGGUUUCGUGACCAAGGUCGCGAUGCGCAAUUAAUAAAGUUUCCAGAUCGCACCAUUCAAUCGGGACAACUAAUUGAUGGAUAUCUAAAGCAAUCACGUCACCUUCACGAUAAAGCCAUUCACCUGUUCUUCUCUGCAAACCGUUGGGAAGCCAUGGACGCUAUUGCUGCCAAGUUGAAAGCAGGUACCACGCUUGUUGUGGAUCGAUAUGCAUUUUCUGGUGUAGCAUUCUCGGCGGCAAAGGGUCUCGAUUUGGAAUGGUGCAAGAAUCCGGAUAAAGGUCUGCUGAUUCCAGACAAAGUCUUGUUCUUGGAUUUACCUAUAGAAAAGGCUGAGCAACGAGGUGGGUUUGGCGAAGAGCGAUAUGAAACACGAGAACUACAAACCAAAGUGCGAGAUAUAUUCAUGCAGUUAAAAGAGGACAGCUGGAAGAUCAUAGAUGCUGAUCAGACGAUGGAAGCUGUCCAGGAGGAAAUGUGGAAUACGGUCAAAGAGCUGAAACCUGACAGCGAAGAACCACGAACAGGAUUAUGGGAACAAUAA